AUGUCGUGGCCUCCACAUGGAUCGCAAGGGGCACCGUUACCCCCAAGCCCUUUCGCACCUGCAGACGACGUACAAGCACAGCAGUACCAGAGCGCGGUUCUGUCCCAUCAACUUCAGAGCACGGCCCUUUCCCAGCGACUUCAGCGCAACGCCGAUAAUGUACGCGCCCACAUGGUCCUUCCUGGAACUGCUGCGCCGCCGAUCGCUACGCCAGUACAGGAAGCACAGCGACAAGCCGCGACCCAAGCAGUUCACCCUCGCGUGGCCGAGCUCACAGAAUUGAAAAUCGAGAAACAGAUGCCCUCAAGCGUACCCAACACAUCCGCUACGAAACGAAUUGUUCGUACAUCAGGGCCGAUCCACAACAGCCACGCCAGCAGAAGUCCAGAGCAGAUAGCAGAAGUUGAGAAAAUGAAGAGACAUACGGAGGCCCAGAAAGCUCGGACUGCCGCAAACGACAGGGCCAUGAUGCCACCUCCGUCUCAGAUAAAUGCACGCACCACGACACAAGCUAUACAAAGCGUGAUGCAAGCUUCUGGAGGCACGGUCAGAGGCCACACUUUGCAGCCGGCUGGCGGUGCUGCUGUCCAUAGAAAUGCUGAACACCAUGGAAGAAACUUACCCUUGACCAAUGUCGCUCCGCUGACUGGUGACGUUGGCCGGGAGCGGUUGAUCCCAACGCUGCCAUCUGGCGUACAAGUACACAGUAGCCUAGCGUCAUCCAGGAACGUCCAUGUCCAGGGCGGAGCGGGGCGUGUUGAGCUGAGGAAGAGUCCUACAUCCGAUCCGUCAAGACGGCUUAAUGUGCCGGCCAAUCAAAGUACAACACAAGGCAAUGGUCCACGGGAUCUGGCAGGCUCGGCUCCCAGUGGAAUCGCUCGCCAGCAUGAGCAGACCGGCUGGCGCCCACAUGCUUCUACCCCCGCCGCAGCGCAGGCGGUUCCAGCGUCAAGUGCAAUUGACCCCCAAAGUAGUGGACUGACUCAGAACGAUCCAGGACAGGCAGCAACUCGGCCAGUCUUAUCCACCGUGCAUUCCCCCGUCGCUGUCCCUGCCCAGAGCCAGAUCCACACUCGAGUCCAGCCAGCUGAACCCGUAAAGCCGUCAACCCGAAGCCAUCUCAAGUAUCCCAAGAUGGGCCUAAGCUUGCUCUCAGCAACGAGAUCUCGUUCGAUGCGCCAACACCACUCGACCCGCGCGUUUGCCACAAAUGCCCAGCCUUCCGAACAGGACAGCAACUUGCUAGUUUCUCUGCCCGAUUAUGGUUCACCUCACGAUAGCCAAUUCACCGAUGUCAGUCAGACCGACCCCACUGUCGACACUCGUCCUAUCACUCGCGAGGCCUCUGUAGCACAGGGUCGUCAGGAACUCAGGGUUGACUUAUCAUCGGCCUUCGAUGUUGAGCAAGCAUUUCGCAGAAUAGAGAGGAAGAAGGAGCUCAAGAAAAAUGUCAACUCGCGCUUUCAUGACAUGCUCAUUCACUUGUGCAAAGUCGACAAGAGCUUACGCCAGCGAGAAUUUCGCCGUUUCCUGUCCAGCCUUGGGUUUACGAGUUCUGACCUCCAGCGUGAAGCUUUGAACGUCUUGCGCGUCAUGCUGAGGGACCACCGAGCCAGGGAUACGCGUAGCGAGUACACCACAGUGAAGCGCUGGAUGGGCGGGAUGAUGGGGUACAGCACAAAGGAGGCCAAAAAGGCGCGCAUCAUGUCCGAAAAAGCCGUGGAGGCACCAGCAAAUGAUGGGGCAAAGAAACUGUCGCUCUUCUGUAGCGGAGGGGUCCACAAGCUGAAGUGCGGCCACGAUCGUAUCUCCAACGAAGCUUGCGGUAUGGACUGUUAUGGCUCCAAGUAUCAACCAGAUGUUGACAUGAGAGAGCUAGGUUGCCCCAAAUGUGUCUGGUAG